UAUUCCGUCACUCGUGUGUUCUCCUCUCAGAUGAUGCGUGUUUGUUGAGCUGUUCAUGAAGUGUGUUUGAUUGCGUUUCCUUCUUUAAAACCAGGAAAUGUUUGAUGUGGAGCGGAUGUUGAGCUUCUCUCUCUGUAUCUUCAUCAGCAGCGCGGGUGAGAUCGAGCUCCAUCAGUCAUGAGUGAACAAAGCAUCUGUCAGGCGCGGGCCACCGUCAUGAUGUACGAUGACGGCAGCAAGCGCUGGUUACCGGCCGGUUCUGGCGCUCAGGCCAUCAGCAGGGUUCACAUCUUCCAGAACCCCAGUAACAACAGCUUCAGGGUGGUGGGACGCAAACAACAGGCCGAUCAGCAGGUGGUCAUUAACUGUCCUCUGGUCCGGGGGAUCAAAUAUAACCAGGCCACUCCUACGUUCCACCAGUGGCGCGAUGCGCGGCAGGUCUGGGGUCUGAACUUCGGCAGUAAAGAAGACGCGGCUCAGUUCGCCAGCGGCAUGACGCAUGCACUCGACGUGCUCAGUGGAGAUGCCGGUGCGUGUCCUCCUCCACCUCAACCGCCUCCGAACGGCCCGAGCGCUGAGGAGCUAGAGCAGAAGAGGAGGCAGGAGCAACAGGAGAGAGAGAGACAGGAGAGAGAGAGACAGGUGUCUGCCGCUCCGGCCCCGCCUCCUGGUCCUCCUCCCGCUCCUGGCCCCGCCUCUGCACCUCCUCCUCCCCCUGGACCUCCACCUCCUCCAGGACCCCCGCCUCCCCCCCCACCGCCACCUCCUUCAGGAGGAGGCCCGCCGGCGCCCCCCCCCCCGCCCUCAGGAGGAGGAGGAGGAGGAGGAGGAGGGUUAGGAGGAGGAGAUGGAGGUCUGGCCGGGGCGCUCGCUGGAGCUAAACUACGCAAAGUGGCCAAGGAGGAUAGUGGAGCAGCGGCUCCUGCAGUGAGCGCCAGCACAGGAGGAGGAGGAGGAGGAGGAGGAGGAGGAGGAGGACUGAUGGGAGAAAUGAGUGCAAUUCUCGCUCGACGAGAGAGAGUGUUAGUGAUAAUGUGUGAUGGUUCUCUUCUCUGUUCUCAGGCUGAUUCUGUGAACAGUGACUCCAGAGCUGCAGACAAACCAGACGUGGUGAAGAAGCCCUGGGAGAAACCGUCGUCUGUGUCACGGGUGAAUUCAGCGCCUAAGAGUCAGGACAAGAGCCCGGUGUCUCCUGCGACUGCGGCUCCGUUGAGCAGGACGAGGCCCGGCAGCAGCACAGGAGACGCCGCAGACAUGGAGAAACUCAAACAGGACAUCCUGGAGGAGAUGCGCAAGGAGCUGCAGAAGGUGAAGGACGAGAUCAUCAGCGCUCUGCUGGAGGAGCUGCAGAAGAUCAAUGCGGCGUAGCUGCGCAUCAGGAAGAUCUGCGCAAACGUCUGCGCAGAGC